ACUUCCUUUUCGCGGCUCUAUAAAGGGUGCUGCACGGCGGUCGCAUCUCUUCGCCCCUCGGAGCUGGAAAUGCAGCUGCUGGGAUCCUCGGAUGCUGCGGAGCUGGAGGCGGAGGCGGCUGGGGAGGUCCGAGCGAUGUGACCAGGCCGCCGUCGCUCGUCUCCUCUUCUCUCCUGCCGCCUCCGGUCUCGAAAAUAACUUUUUUAGUCUAAAGAAAGAAAAAGAAAAGCCGUCCGCUCUUCACGCCCUCUCUUCCUCUCAGCCUUCCUCCCGGUGAGGAAGCCCGGGGUGGCCGCUCCGCCGUCGGGGCCGCGCCGCCGAGCCCCGGCCGCCCCGGGCCGCCCCCACCCGCCGCCCCCAUGCAUCCCUUCUACACCCGGGCUGCCACCAUGAUAGGCGAGAUUGCUGCCGCCGUGUCCUUCAUCUCCAAGUUCCUCCGCACCAAGGGGCUCACGAGCGAGCGACAGCUGCAGACCUUCAGCCAGAGCCUGCAGGAGCUGCUGGCAGAACAUUAUAAACAUCACUGGUUCCCAGAAAAGCCAUGUAAGGGAUCGGGUUACCGUUGUAUUCGCAUCAACCAUAAAAUGGAUCCUCUGAUUGGACAGGCAGCACAGCGGAUUGGACUGAGCAGUCAGGAGCUGUUCAGGCUUCUCCCAAGUGAACUCACACUCUGGGUUGACCCUUACGAAGUGUCCUACAGAAUUGGAGAGGAUGGCUCCAUCUGUGUGCUGUAUGAAGCCUCACCAGCAGGAGGUAGCACUCAAAACAGCACCAACGUGCAAGUGGUAGACAGCCGAAUCAGCUGUAAGGAGGAACUUCUCUUGGGCAGAACGAGCCCUUCCAAAAACUACAAUAUGAUGACUGUAUCAGGUUAAGAUAUAGUCUAUGGAUGGAUCAUCUUAUAAUGAUGGAUAAAUUUGAUUUUUGCUUUGGGUGGGCUCCUCUUGGGGAUGGAUUAUGGAAUUUAAACCGUGUCACAGCUGUGAAGAUCUGGCACAAGAUAGAGUGGUAAAAAAAAUUUUUUUAAGUGACAGUGCCAUAGUUUGGACAGUACCUUUCAAUGAUUAAUUUUAAUAGCCUGUGAGUCCAAGUAAAUGAUCACUUUAUUUGCUAGGGAGGGAAGUCCUAGGGUGGUUUCAGUUUCUUGCAGACAUACCUAAAUUUUUACAUCAAUCCCUUUAAAGAAGAUCUGUAUUUCAAAGAAUCUCUGCAGUAAAUCUCGCAGAUGAAUUUGCACUAUUACACUUGAAAAUUGUUAUUGUUAACCUUUUUGGCAGCUCAAUAGGAAAGCUAAACGUUUCAAACAUGAUAGUACUGGAAAUUUUACAAGACUUUUACCUAGCACUUAAAUAUGUAUAAAUGUACAUAAAUACAAACUAGUAAGCAUGAUCUGGGGAAAUGGUCAGAUCUUGUAUUGUGUUUUUGGCCUUGAAAGUAGCAAGUGACCAGAUUCUGCCAUGGCAACAGGCUUUAAAAAAGACCCUUAAAAAGACACUGUCUCAACUGUGGUGUUAGCACCAGCCAGCUCUCUGUACAUUUGCUAGCUUGUAGUUUUCUAAGACUGAGUAAACUUCUUAUUUUUAGAAAGUGGAGGUCUGGUUUGUAACUUUCCUUGUACUUAAUUGGGUAAAAGUCUUUUCCACAAACCACCAUCUAUUUUGUGAACUUUGUUAGUCAUCUUUUAUUUGGUAAAUUAUGAACUGGUGUAAAUUUGUACAGUUCAUGUAUAUUGAUUGUGGCAAAGUUGUACAGAUUUCUAUAUUUUGGAUGAGAAAUUUUUCUUCUCUCUAUAAUAAAUUGUUUCUUAUCUUGGCAUUUUAA